UCAUUUGUGUUCAAUUUGUGCGAUUAAAGAGAAUUGAAACGAAAUGAAUUUUUGAUUCGUGCUAGAAGACAGUGAUGUUAUUCUUUGAUUAAAUAAAUAAUUUAUAUUUCUGUCAGACUUAUUGUGCUAGCUUAAAACUCAAAAUGUUUAAUUCAUUUUUCCGUGGUCUUCUGGGAACUGAGGAGGUGCCGACAAAAGUAUUAGAAGUGCGGUCAGACAAUUAUAUUUCUAGGCCGAUACAUUAUAGGGAAGAUUCUAUGUUACUUUAUGGACCCAAAAUUCCCCAAGAUACGAAGAACCCCAAAGAUAAACACUAUGAAAUAGUUCUACAUAAACCAUUUACAGAAAGCUUGCAUCACAUGUAUAGUUUAUUCCGAUCUGAAACUUUAGACAGUUCAGAGGAAAAGUUUAUAGUUUUUAAAGAAAGGAUUCCGCUUUAUAUUAAAAUUACCAAAGAGUGUUCAGUACCUACAUUGCAAAAGCUAUGUGAUACAUUGUCAGAUCAUCCAUCAUGGACGAUAGCGCAUUUGGUUGCUCACUUUGGCUUGUACGAACUGUUCAACGACCCUGAUGUACAGAAACAUUUAGAUGAACCAGAUCCACUGAAGGGAGCUACUCCGUUAAUGGUAGCAGUGAAAACUGGCAAUUUAAGAAUGGUACAGAGUCUACUAUCGUUGAACUGUUCGUUGGACACAAUAGAUUCAGAGGGGAACAGUGUAUUCCAUUAUGCGGCUGCUAGCAAUAAGGAGAUUAUAAAUGUAUUAGCUAACAAGAAAGCGACCGCUCUGAACAUCUAUAACAAGCAGGGCUACACGCCUCUGCACAUGUCGUGUCUAGCUAAUGCCCCGGACUGCGUGCGCGCGCUGCUGCUAGCCGGCGCUGAUGUUAACCUUUCCGCUGCGAAACGCUCCCAGCCAUCAAAUGCACUACCAGGCAUUUCAGGAAUCGUGGGCGACAUUGUCCAAGACAAUCAACCGAAACUCUACCAGCAAGAUAUGAAGUACGGCGGCACUCCAUUACACUGGGCGAUAUCUAGAGAGGUUAUAGAGGCGUUGGUCGACAAGAAUUGUGACAUAAACGCUUUGAAUUUCGACGGACGUACCGCGUUACAUGUUAUGGUGAUGCGAGGUCGUUUGGAAUGCGUCAUAGCGUUGCUCUCUAGGGGAGCUGAACACUCUUUAGGUGAUAAAGAAGGCAACACUCCACUCCAUCUAGCAGUCAAACAGAAUAAUGUAUCUAUAGUCCAAGCUUUGGUAGUUUUCGGAGCGGAUUUAGAAGCCAAGAACAAUGAGGGGUAUACGGCGAGACAUAUUGUUCCAAUAGAAAUGUCGAAUAGCGUUUAUGAUAAGAUUUUGUAUAUAUUACACGCGGUGGGUGCACAAAGAUGUCCCAGUGACGUGGCGGGGUGCCGCGCGGGGUGCGCGCCGCGGGAGGAGUACAACGGCGUGCCGCCGCCCCCCAUCCCCACGGCGGACACGCGUGACGUCAUCAGCAACAUGCUCACUUCCGCCGCCGUCGUGCGCGCCUCACUCGACGACAAGAAGAAACAGGGCAGGUUACUCUGUUUAGACGGUGGCGGUAUUAGAGGUUUAGUGCUGGUGCAGUUGUUGAUCAACUUGGAGGCAGCUAUCGGCAAACCCAUCAUACAUUGCUUUGACUGGGUUGCCGGCACGAGUACAGGCGGUAUACUAGCUCUGGCUCUGGCUUCUGGAAAGACCCUGAGGGAGUGCCAGCAACUAUACUUCAGGAUGAAAGAGUUUGCCUUUGUUGGUAUGAGGCCAUACCCUUCAGAACCUCUGGAGACCAUCUUAAAGGACUGCUUGGGUACGGAGACGGUGAUGGCGGACCUGGUCCAUCCGAAGCUGAUGAUCCUGGCGGUGCUGGCGGACCGCAAGCCGGUAGACCUGCACAUCUUCAGGAACUAUCUAUCCGCGCAGGAGAUACUUGACCACUUUAAUGGCGCUAAAAGUCCCCGAGGCACGAGUGAGAACAGCGCGGUGGUGUCGCUGCCGCCGCCGCCGCCGCCCGCCGAGCAGCUCGUGUGGCAGGCCGCGCGGGCCACCGGCGCUGCGCCCUCCUACUUCAGAGCCUCGGGCAGGUACUUAGACGGCGGUCUGAUGGGCAACAACCCGACCCUGGACGUGCUGACGGAGCUGGCGGAGCUGCGGCUGGCGUACGAGGGCACCGGGCAGCACGAGGAGGCAGAGAAGACCAACCUCAAGAUUGUAGUCUCGUGUGGAACUGGUCUAAUCCCAGUGACGAAGAUAAAGGACUAUGACGUGUUCAAGCCGGAGAGCCUGUGGGACACGGCGCGGCUCGCCUAUGGACUCAACGCCAUCGGCAAACUGCUCGUAGACCAGGCGACGCAGUGCGACGGGCGCGUGGUGGAGCGCGCGCGGGCGUGGUGCGCGUGCGCCGGCGUGCCGUACUACCGCUUCUCGCCGCGCAUGUCCGCCGACGUGGCGAUGGACGAGCGCGCGGACGACCGCCUCGUCUCCAUGCUGUGGGAGGCGCACGCCUACAUGCGCGCGCACCGCGACCGCCUGCUGGAGGUCGCCGCUAUACUCGACAAUGAUGUAACCAUGUAAUGAAUCAUAAACCAAGAUAUUGUUUCGGCUGCUUCAAGUUUCAAAUAAAUUAAGGUUAUUACUUAUUUUAAAUUGUUGUUAUAAUUUUAAAAACGAUGACAUUUUCAUUCACUUAAAAACAUAACGUAACUAAAACUUUAUUAACAAAGUUAGUUUUUAGUUUACAGAACUAUAUUAUAUUAAAUAUUGUUAGUUCCAAGCAUCUCAUAAUGUAUAUUUUGUUUUGUUUCUUUGCAAUACAAUUGCUUAUUUUAAGUAUGUUAAUACGUAAUUUAUCCUAAGUACAGUCAGCUGCACAAAUAUGUAUAUUUACAAACCUUUACAAACCUAUACUACUUCGGUUUCAAAAAUCUGAAAUAAAUCAAUAUACAAGAGCCUGAAACUUUAUAAAUCUUACUAAUAUUAUAAAUGCGAAAGUUUAUA